CACGCCGGUGUGUUGGAGAGUAAACCGCGUGUGCCCCCCACUUCGCCAACUUGCUGCGUUUUUAAUCCGCCCGGCGCUUUGCUCGUUGCUGUGCUCGUUGCUGUGAGCGUUGCUCCUCCGCCCUCCGCUGUUGUUGGAGUGCGGCUGCCUCCCAACCACUGCCACCAGUAGCAGCGUCCUUCACGAGCCUCCUCCACCGAGGUCGAUCUCGACACGUGGAGGCGAGUGGCAAGAGACCACGGAACUCCACGUCAUCACAUGGCACAGGAGCCCCAUCUCUGCGCACACACCACGGGCGUCACAGCGCGCAGGGCGGAGCUGAGCCAAGGGCCGUGGACUGCCCUGCUGGGGUGAGGGGGUCCGGGUUGCGAUCCGGCUUAGGGGGCGCGCACACUCGGGGCAGGUUUCAAGGAAUUGGGGUACAGGGAUUGUGGAAACAAUGCUGCCCAAGAUUCGGCUCAUUGCCUGCAGAUGCCCUUUCGCUGCCCGCGGAGAAGGGCAGGACACCCAGACUCCCCCUCCCCUUCCUACCGUGCCCCUCUCUCCCCGCCCAUAUCUUGUGUCAUGGAAAGUGAAUGAUCCCCUCCCUCCAUGAUUUAUUAAUCGCAAAUAUUUUGACGUCUCCACACUGGAACAAGGAGAUCCAGCCACGCACGGCGGGGUCACUGCGAUCCCCCCCCCCCCCUGUUGAAGACUUUUUGUUUUCCUCGGACCCCGCUAAUUAACAUCGUUACCCUCCACCCACUGCUGUGUACCCCCCCUGACCCCCCUGCCCCCCCGUUCAGAGGCAGCUCCUCGAGGUGGUGGCUAGGGGGCACUCAAAGUUGAGGAGUUGUUACAUCUCUCCAUCGCUUCCUUACUUCUGCCAAAUCCUCUGCAGCGUGUCGCACAUUCCGUGCGUGACUCCCAAAAUCUGAUUUUAGUCUCAUCCCACUCAUGGCUUGCAGGGGUGGGGGGGGGGGUAGAGCUGAGGGGUGGGACUCGACUCCAUGACGCCACUUUGACAAAUCGACUAAUUGAGCCAUCACCAGUAUCACCACCAUCGUUGUAAUAGCAUCCGAGCCCCGGCGGGUAACUCAUUGCUGGAGGAAUAUCCACGGCUCGUGGACCCCACGGCUCAGGGGACCCCACAGCUCGGGGGACCCCACCGGGGAUCCCACGGGGGACCCCACGGCUCGGGGACCCCACCGGGGACCCCACCGGGGACCCCACCGGGGACCCCACGGCUCGGGGACCCCACGGCUCCGGGAUCGGAGCUCGGGGUCCCGACGUUUCAGGGCCCCCACGGCACAGGGGUCCUCGAGGAGUUGGUGUGAGCUGGGAUCGGUGACUCGUGGGAGCCGUGAGAGUGCAGGGGGCCAUGUCCCGCGCGGAUCUGAGCGUGGUCCCGGCCUUCUUCUCCAUCUCCAUCCUGGCGCUCGCCGUUCCGCUCAACCUCGCGUCGCUCGGGCUGCUGUGCACACACAGCCGCCGGCGCCGCUCCCCCACGGCGCUCUUCAUGAUCAACCUCGCCACCUCUGAUCUCCUCUUCCUGCUCAGCCUCGCCUUCCUCGUGCCCUACUACCUGAGCGGCCACACCUGGCGCCUGGGCCGCGUCAUGUGCCACGCGGUGACCACGGCGCUCUUCACCACCACCUACACGAGCACGCUGCUGCUCACGGCCAUCGCCGCCGACCGCUACGUGGCCAUCGUCCACCCGUUCCAGGCCAAGGCGUGGCGCAGGGAAGGCUACGCGGGCUUGGCCUGUGCGGCCAUCUGGGUGGCCACCUCCAGUCACCUGGGGGUCCUCAACGUCGUGGACUUCUUGGACGUCGGUGGCGGCGGCCGCAACGACACCAACGGCACGGCGAGGGCAACCUGCUACGAGUCGUUCAGCGACAGGGACUUGCGCUUCGUGUCCUCCUACCGCCUCUACGUGGCGAUCGUCUUCUUCUUCCUGCCGCUGCUCGUCACCGCCUUCUGCUAUGCGAGCGUCAUCAGGAGCCUCUCGAAGCAGGCAGCCGAGCGACGUGGCUCCGCGCAGCGGUCGCGCUCCGUGCGGCUCGUUGCAGCCACCAUGGCGGUCUUCCUGCUCUGCUUCGCGCCCUUCAACGUGAGCCACGUCAUCGGCUUUGCCAGGACCGAGAACAUCUGGUGGCGCCACGUCUCCCUCAUCCUCAACUCCCUCAACUGCUGCCUCGACCCCCUCAUCUACUAUUUCGGCGCGUCCAGGGGAUCCGGAAGCUCGGGCGGUGGUACCAGAAAGGGGGUGAACAAGGGGGUGAACGUCCCCCCCAGGAUUCGUGAGGAGUCCCAGAGCGCCGUGUGAGGAGCAAGGACCCCCGCGGGGUAGGGUGGUGUGGGGAACUCAACGAUGAGGCCAUGCCAGGACCCAAUGGGGUCCGAGUCACCACGACCUCCGCCCUCCCCCCCUCCCUCUACGAGAACGCAUCGGAACCAUGGCUCCUCCGAUCAGCACGGUUGGCUACGUACGGUGCGAAAGAAGUCCAACAUAAUACAUGGCUGGGAGAUAUGAAAACUUCUGCACUGACGAGUAGAGCUGCAGACAGUAGCCCCAAGCCUAAACAUCUAACACGAACGAAAACCCCAAUCUAAAACUUUUAGCCCGAACUACAACAACGCUAACCAUAUUCUUCUGACAUUAACUAGAAUCUCGUUACUAUUAACCUCUAACCCUGAAUUAACCUUACCUUUUAAUACCAUAAUACUAACCCAAAACUAAUGCUGACUCUAAGCCACUAACCCUAAUCUCAAGCUCAACUCUAACUAAUCUUUCCUUAACUCUAACCCCCUAACCCUCUCAUUAUCUCUAUGACAAGUUAUUCAUGAAUUCAUCCGCUAUUCUUGGCUAGCCCAUACACGCAGACUUUGAAUACGUGUAAGGAGGCUCCUGCUGGUGCCAGGGACCUCGAGUGUAGCACUUGAAGUCCAGCUGAUCGUGCAAUGGGCCUAGUUGGCCAGAGGUCAUGGGAUUGGCUGAAAAGUUUGAAAAGGGGCACCCGUGAGGAGGGGGGAGGGGAAAUGAAUGGGUCAGAGAAGGUUUGAGGACAUGGUGGGGAUGGAAGCGGGUUAAAGGGGCAGAGAGGGGGGUCACCGGAGGGCCGUUGGUGUUCGCCCGAGAAGUCUCCGCAAAGCGCGUUGGACUAUUCUACAUCUGGUGGCAGCGGUGGGAUGUCGCCUUCAAUCUGCCAAGCGUCAACAGUUCCAUUGGGAGACAGGGAGAAGGACGGAGCCGUGGUUACGUCGGGCGGCUUGCGACGAGCCACGACAGGAGAUGGGGAGCCAAUCUGUCCUCCGCGGACCAGUGCCGCCGUUGUCGAGAAGUCCGCCACCAGUCCGCCGAAGCAGCUGUGUCAAGCGCUACGCCCGCGAUGGACAAACCGAGGUGCGAGGCUCUGCCUCGAGUGGGAGAGGAACUUGACAGUUACGGAGCUGCUCGCUACGCUGCUGCAGUAGCAGCGGUAGGCAACAGAGCCCGCGCCACCAGCAACACACUGUGAGUUACAGCAGCUGCCACUGGUAGAAAGUGCCAUCGAGGUGGUGGGGCAAUCGACGUUGGCCACCCUGUCACCCGGACGAGCCGACCCCGCCACUGCAGUGCUCUCACCAGCCGGCAA